AUGGCGCACAAUCCAGAGCCAGACCAGCAUAAACGAAAACGAGACAUUGCAGAUGACGGCGCCCAGGCACAUGCUGACCGCAUACCCCAGCCGCCGCCACCCCAGUCAGGCAAUACCAUUCCCAUAAACUACCUUUCAAAGUCACAUGCCGCCAAACUCAAGCUCCUCCAGGGCGAUGGCGACACCUUUUCCGACGUUCUGACGCUUGUUAGCGACUAUGAAGGAGUACUGAACCGCCAUGAAAGCCUGGCUUUCAACCUGGGUGCGAAGCUUACCGGGCCACGUCUCCUCAAGGCCAUGGAGGGCGCUUUCGAAGGUCCCAUAACGACCAGCCCUCCGCAGAAUGCCUUCACCUCCGAUCCUGUCACCUGGCUCGACAUUGUCGAUUUUGCCAAGUCGAAACCGGUAGAAUUCGCUCUAUCCGCUAAGCCAAGCGGUAUGCGAUCUUGCCAGUUCUCGCUGAAGGGCAUUGAGGUCGAGAUUGGUGAGGACGACUGGAGGCUCAUCGUCUCUGGCGCUUUGGAUCGGUUCAGGCUUGUGCCGCCGCAGCCGCUAGAGGAGGACGAGACUGCUGAGCUAGCCACACUUGACAUCCUGGAACAGCGUCUACAGGGUUUGAUCAAGAAGGCCGACGAAGUGGCACGCAGAGCUCGCCAACUCAACUAUCACUUGAGCGGUCGAAAGGCUUCCAUCCAAGUGCACCGCUCCGCGCAGUCGACCUCAGGCUCAGGAUUCCAGCCUGUCAACCAAGCCAGGCCUUUGGGUGCCAACCCAGCUUACGAUCUGCAUGCUGACCUUCUCCAACAAUUCAACGCUCCAUUGCCGUCGCCUGGCUACCGUCUGUCAUCUAAGCUAUCAGAUGAAGAGACAGCUUGGCUGAAAAGAGAAGCUGGCGGAGAUGGAGACGAAGACGAAGACGAGCCCAGAGAUCCUAGACGGAGCUUCGGGUCGGGAUCAGGGCGCGCACCCCUCGGCCCAGGGGUGUCAAGAGGAGGUUCAGAACGCGGCGACGACCCUGGCCCAAGUCGGGAGGAGCCGCGAAUCGCUGCUGGCAGACACGCCGAUGACAUUUGGCGAAAAGGACCAGCAGUAUCAGCGGCCAGCAGGGAUGACUCGAUGGACAUCGGUCCGAGGGAUAUCCGGAGAGCAUACGAUUCCCUCGAGAAGGGACUUUACUCUGGAGAACGCGCCCCGUUAGUAGAUUCUACGAUGAGGCAAGUUGCCUACGCCGCCUCGGCUCGUGCUGACGAGUUGACCAGUCAAUUUGCGGGCGAAAUCGCUGCUGCAGCUUCGCGUGACGGCCCACCCCGAUAG